CUCUCUCUCUCCUUCCAGCUUAAACCCACGAGGCCACGAGGACCCUUCCUCUCCCCCCCAUAUAUCCCCUUUUCCUGCAUCAUAUAGGAUUCUUCCUAUUAUCUGCCGACUCCUCUCUCUCUCUCUCUCUCUCUCCCCCCUUGAUUCGUGCCUUCUCGUAGCUCCAAAGACCUCAAAGGUAGAUUGAAAGGGUUGCUGACAGUCAUUGUGAUGGUUCGAUGUAGUCACUGCGGGGAUGACACCCCUGUCAUCAGAGAUCCCGACAAGGGAUACAUAAUCUGCGGUUAUUGUGGAAAGAUCCUUGAUCAGGAUUUGUACGCUACAGAGCCUACUUUCAUAAAGGAUAGUAGUGGCCAGAGUCGGUUGGCUGGUACCAUCCUGAACAGCGUUCAGAGUGGGUAUUCUGCAUCUCAUGAAAGAACUUUACUGAAGGGGAGAGAUGAGAUUAGGGAUAUUGUAAAUAGUCUGCGAGUGGGUGGUGGGGAUUCUAUAAUCAACAAAGCUCAUGCUUUUUAUCAAAUAGCUGUUGACAAGAAUUUCACUAGGGGGCGGAGAACAUCUCAUGUUGCAGCUGCUUGCCUUUACAUUGCUUGUCGGCAAACUAAGAAAGCAUACCUUCUUAUCGAUUUUUCAGACUAUCUACAGAUAAAUGUUUAUGUGUUAGGUGCCGUGUUUCUACAGCUCUGCAAAACAUUAAGUCUUGCAGAACAUCCAAUUGUCCAGAAACUUAUUGAUCCCAGCCUUUUCAUCCAUCGAUUCACAGAGCGUUUGUUGUGUCGAAAAAAUAAUGCAGUUUCUGAAACUGCACUGCGCAUAGUAGCAAGUAUGAAACGAGAUUGGAUGCAGACAGGGAGAAAACCUAGCGGAUUAUGUGGUGCAGCGUUGUACAUAUCUGCACUUUCUCAUGGGCUCAACUAUUCUAAAUCCGAGAUCGUAUCUGUUGUACACAUCUGCGAGGCAACACUGACUAAACGUCUGAUUGAAUUCGAGAAUACUGAGUCUGGCUGCUUGACGAUUGAAGAGUUUCUUACAAGGGCAGAUGAGCUUAGUGAAGAGUCUCAUUCAAGCCAAUUGCCAAAAGCUGGUGAAGUGAUGUGUAAACACAAGGAUAAGGCAUCUCAUUUUGCCCAUGGCCUUUGUAAAAAAUGCUAUGAUAAAUUCAUCAAAAUAUCUGGAGGACUUCAAGGUGGUGCCAAACCUCCAGCCUUCCAACGUGCUGAAAGGAAGAGAAUGGAGGAAGCAAAAAAGGAGGAAAAGAUUAGAGAAUCUAGCCAUGACUCUCAGGUUUUUGACAAGAAGGACAGUUCUAUACAAGAAAAGAAAGGAGCCAAAGUUUCUGCCAAGGUCACUUCAAAUGAAACUGGAUAUGAAUCACAAACCUCAAAAGAACAUGAAAGUGUCGGACACCAAGCUGCGAAUGAAUCUGCUUGCAAUGAAUCCCAGGAACCAGAUGACCAACCGGCUGCCACUGCAGGCAAUGAAUCCGAAAGUUUUUCGGAUAUUGAUGAUGUUGAGGUUGAUGGAUACCUCCACAAUGAAGAGGAGAAGCAUUUCAAAAAAAUUAUCUGGGAAGAAAUGAACAGAGAGUAUCUUGAGGAACAAGCAGCUAAGGAAGCUGCUGCAGCGGCUGCAAAGGAGGCUUAUGAAGCUAAUUUUGCAGAUAGUUCUGAAGAUCUGCUAGCUGCUCGCGAACUUGCUACCGCAACUGCAGCAGCUCUAGCGAAGUCCAAAAAGGAAAGAAAACAAAAACGUGCUGAAGAAGCUAAGAAUUCAACUCCUGCCCGAACUCCUCUUGAAGCGACACGCCAAAUGCUUAAGCGAAAGACCUUCAGUUCAAGAGUCAACUAUGAAGCAUUGGAGGGUCUAUACACUACUGAUCAGGAAAAUGGGAAGAAACAAAAAGUUGAAUCAGACACUGGUGAAGCUAAUGGUCAUCCUGACAAUAUCAAAGAGAGAGUUAAUUCAGGGACAGCAGAUGAUGGUGAUGAGGCUGGAACAUUUGAAGAUGGCGAUUUUGCUGAGGAAGCAGACUACAAUGACUAUUAUGGAAAUGGAGAUGAAGACUACACAUAUGAUGCCGAUUAUGGUUAUGAUUAAUGACACAAGAGGUGCCAGUUUCUUUGUGUUGGAGGACCUCAUGAAUCACCACACCCACAACGAAGCAUGCUGCUGUAGCCUAUAUUCCAAGUCCCAUUUUAGUUCCAAGAAGCCAUUGCUGCUAGAUCUUUUAACUUAUUUCAUUAUUCUUUGUUGUAUCCAUUCUAAGCCAUCGAGUUCUGGAUUUGAAUCAGCAUGCUUGUGAUCAGGAGACUGAAUCCUGGCUGCUGAACUUACCAAUCAGAAACUCUAUUUAUCGUGCCAACGAAUGGUACUAAGUAGAUAAUGUGGUAUUUAGGUUCAUAAAUGAUGGUCGGUAAUUUAAGAGCUCCACUAUAGGUGAUGUCAGUUACUGUAUUAACAGGUGCAGGAACAAGCUGUCCUGUUCAGGCCAUUUUACUGAUGAUGAUAGCAUAUGAUUAUGAAAUGAGAUCCAUUGAUAGGUAAUGGAAAAGUUAAUUGACAA